AUGCCUUUCACUGCUAUUGUCAUGUACCCCAAUGAAGCGGACAUCCACUUCGACGAGGACUACUACAUGAAGACCCAUAUGCCCCUGGUCGAAAAGACCUGGAAAAAGUACGGCCUGGCCAACUGGCACGUGACUAAGUUCCCCAACGCGCUCGAUGGCUCGCGCUCUGAGUACUUGAUCAUGGCGACCCUCGAGUGGGACAGCCAGGAGGCUCUGCAGACUGCUCUCAAGGACCCCGCGAGUGCUAAUGUGUUCUCGGACAUCCCCAACUUCACCAACAAGAAGCCUAUUACCCUUGCUGGAGGAAAGCUGUGA